AUUCAGCUUUCGUACCAAUGGAAGACAUGGCAGCCCUCAUUGUAGCUCUUUUGAUUGUGCUACUCCCAUUAUUAUGGUGGUGGCUUUGCAGCAAGAAAAAUGUAGCCCCAGGGCCUUUGGCGAUCCCACUCUUGGGCCAUCUUCACUUGCUGGGAAGGCAUCCACACAAAUCCCUCUGUAGUCUCUCCAAGAAAUAUGGAUCUGUCAUGAGCAUCGAUCUAGGCUCUGUUUCAACGCUUGUAAUCUCUUCUCCAGAUGCUGCAAAAGCCAUUCUCUCCACGCAGGACAUCUUCUUUGCAUCCAGGCCAAGGACUGCUGCUGCCAAGCAUAUCUUUUUCAACGCAAGGGAUAUGGUGUGGUGCGAGUAUGGAUCUUACUGGAGGACAAUGAAGAAGGUUUGUACUCUGGAGCUCUUCACUGCCAAGAGGGUGGAGGAGUCAAAGAAGCUGAGGGUGGAAGAGAUUUCUCGUCUUGUGACCUCUAUUGCUUGGGAGGGUGACAAUGGAAGGGUUGGGAUUGACAUGAAUGCCAAACUGUCAAUGACCAACAUGAACUUGGUGAGUUUCAUGGCAUUCAGCCGGAGGUUUGAGGAAUCCUCGUUUGUGGAUCUCUUGCAAGAGGCGAUUGGUCUUGUGACUGGUUUUGUUCCCAGUGAUUACUUCCCCUAUCUCGGCUGGAUGGAUGAUUACCUGGGCACUGUUCCAAAGAUGAAAGCCGUACAGGGCAAACUUGACAAGAUAUUCCAGGCAAUCAUCGAUGAGCACAGUAAAUGCGGAGAAACAACGAGCUCCAGAUCUUGUCGAUGUGCUGCUCUCGCUGGAUGAAGUAGAUGACAAUGAUCGAAAGGGCCUGAUCAUGGAUAUGUUUGGUGCUGGAAUUGAUACC